AAGGGGGGGAGGAGAAGCGGCGGGGGAGGCGGCAGCAGUAGGAGUCCCCCCGACAGCUGUAGUGGCGACGAAGGCGGCGGCGUUGGCCGCAGUAAGCAGCGAACGGUAGUUGUUCGCGGCAGCACCUCCUCCUCCUCCUCCUCCCUCUUCUCGCUGGGUCCCUCCGAUACAGAGGCAGCCCCCGCCUCUCCGCUCGCUCCUCCUUAUUGACAAAUACACAAAGGGCCGCGCCGGGCUGGAGACGCGUCUGGAGCCGGCAUGGGAGACAAGAAGAGCCCCACAAGGCCGAAGCGGCAGCCAAAACCCUCCUCAGACGAGGGCUAUUGGGACUGCAGUGUGUGCACCUUCCGGAACAGUGCUGAGGCCUUCAAGUGCAUGAUGUGCGAUGUGAGGAAGGGCACUUCCACCCGGAAACCUCGACCUGUCUCUCAACUGGUUGCGCAACAGGUUACACAGCAAUUUGUGCCCCCUACACAAUCAAAGAAAGAGAAAAAAGACAAAGUAGAAAAGGAAAAAAGUGAAAAGGAAACGACUAGCAAAAAGAACAGCUAUAAGAAAACAAGGCCCAGAUUGAAAAAUGUGGAUCGAAGUAGUGCCCAACAUUUGGAAGUUACUGUUGGUGAUCUGACAGUCAUUAUUACAGACUUUAAAGAAAAAACUAAGUCACCACCUGCUUCCAGUGCAGCUUCUGCAGAUCAGCACAGUCAGAGCGGUUCUAGUUCUGACAAUACAGAGAGAGGAAUGUCCAGGUCAUCUUCACCUAGAGGAGAAGCCUCAUCAUUGAAUGGAGAAUCUCAUUAAAGUUUAUUUACUCCAGUUUCUUUAGUCUUUCCUCUCUAAACUUGCAAAUGUACACAACUUCUGCCAACAGUUACCACAUUUUCAUGACUUGUUAUCCACCAUGCACAAUUUAUAUGUUUACUCAAAUGUGAUUUAUGCAUUUUUAUACAAAACAAGUGCAGCACUGAAAUUAAAUUUCAUUGCAAUCUACAAAACCUUUUCAGACAACUUUUCAAUCUCCAUAUACAAAGGUGCCAUGAAAAUGUGGUUUGAAUGUUCUUGAUGCAGUGUUACUGGUAAGUCCAUUUUCCCCUUUAGUUUAGUGAAUUCUAACACAGCUCUUGGAUUCUAUACUAUUGGCAUGUACUGAAUUAAAAAAAAUUAUAGUUCAAGCUGCCUAAAUACGUAUUAUUUGAGAAUUGUGAAAUAGUUAUAUGUAUGCAAGUCAAAGAUCAACUUAAUCAACUAUUGCUGCAAAAGACUUUUCAUAAUGAUUAUCUUUAAAACACCUGCUGGUACUUGGUGUGGUUGAAUAGGAAAAAUGUUAUUAAAUAAAAAACAUUUGUAUGAAUUUUUGCCAAUGUCUGACACAUUUUACUAGAUUACUGUUACUGAAUUACAUUGCUGGCUUCUCCAAUAUUUUCCUCACACAUUUAGAACAUUUGUUGUAAUGUUUACAAGCAAAAAAAAAGGUAAAUCUGUUACAAGCAUUAAUUGUUUAGCUUUAUAACUCAAUUAUAGUACUACCUUGUCCUUAUGCACUGGUAUUCUAUGUUAUUGAACAUGAAUUUGUUCUCAAAUUAUUAGGCAUUUUCUGUUUUGUUUUCUUUUUAAAUCUAAAUUUUAAUAUCUUAAUUGCUGUUGAUACCUUAAUAUCCAAAACAUGAUACUGUUCUCAUUUGGCUUAUUCUUUCUUUCUCCCAGACUUGCUCAGUGUUACAGUGAUAUAUCAGUUCAACUGGAGGCUGGGAUCCAAAGAGGCUCUUGCAUUGCAAUGCUGUACAUGUCUAUUCAGAAGUUAAUCCCAAUGAGUUCAACAAGACUUACUUCAGAUAGUGUGUGUGUGUGAUUGCAGCAUUACGUUUAUAAAAGAGUUUAAUGCAGGCUUGUGGUUUCCCUUUUCUUCUCCAGCCAUAGUUCAUUGUGCUGCAUCAGAGACCUUUCCCAAAGAUCUUCUGAGCUUUGGGAGUAGGUGGUGCAGGGAACUGCAGAUGAAAGGGGGGAAGCCUUGGAAGCCAUGAUGAGUGUGUGUGUGGAUACUCCCUGUGCAGCCUUUUGGAUCCAAGCCAGUGAUAUUAAAUGUUGCAUCAGAGUGAAUAAAUAAGCAAGUAGUGUGUAUAUAUAACAUGAGUUCCUGUAACAGCCUUUUGCUUUAAAAAAAAGAGCCUUUAUUAAAUAUUAUAGAGCAAAUCAUAGGAAAAAUGCAGUUCUUUGUUUCUGAAAUAGUUGUGAACAUUUAUGCAUUUAGCAAUAUAUAGAUACAGAACAAGAAGAUUUACAGUCCCAUUCGGUAUUAUGUAAACUUUCCAAUAAAAUAUUUUUAUGAGUAUAGGUUUUGCCAUUUUGUUUACAACCAGUUAAGUGUUUUGAUGAAACAAUUAAUUAACAGUUCUUACAUUAAAACUGUAGAAUUAGACUACAAUGGAACAUGGUUUGUAAUUCUAAGGGUGUUUUUAUUCAUUACUUUGCCAAUCAGAUGGACUUCCACUUAAUCAAAAUGUAUAUUCUGUCUCAAAAUAAUUCUGUUCUACUUGUAUGGUGUACAAACCAUUCAGAAGUGAUGCAUUAUAAAUUGACAGUGGAAUCCUGUGCAUGUUUACUCAGAAAUGUUCCACUGAAUUCAGUGGAAGUUACUCCCAGGUAAGUAUUGGAUUGCAGCCCAUUAGUGUACUUGGCAGCCUGAGACUGGUCCUAAACACACUUAUUAGAGAGUAACUGUCACUAUAUUCAGUUAAAUUUACUUCGGCGUAAACAUGCUAGAAUUGCACUGCACAAGGUGUUUUUGCAUCAGUUGUGAAAAUGUCCCAAUUUGUACCUCUCCAACCAUGUUGCCAUUUUCUGUUGCUCUCAGUGCUUGUCCACACACAUCAGCACCUUGCACCCACAAAACCUUCAUAUAUCAUGUCUAUGAAGCUUUAGACUGACUCAACAGCAAAAACUCCCAUUGUAUAUUGCUUUCUUUAGGGCUUACAUCAGUAAGUGUCCUGGAAGAACAAAGCUACAAGAGGUUGUCUGGUCAAUUUUACAUAUUUGGGCUUCAUAUCCAGACUAAUCCUGUGCACUCUUACCUGGGAGUAAGCCCCUUUCAGUUCAGUGGAAGUUACUUCUGAGAAUCUAUACAUAGGAUUGAGUUGUUAGAGUUUUUAUUUGUUCAUUCAGAUUUGGUACAAGAUCCAUCUGGGUAUUGUUACAGGGGAAACCAUUCACAUUUUAGCAAGAAAUUUAUUGCAAAUAUUUAUUUUGUGAACCAAUGUGAAAAAUUAGAAGGGAUCUUUGGUAGUGAACCUAACCCCAAAAUACUAAAUAAGUAUGGAUAACAUCCUUUCAGUUAGAGUAAUGGAAUUUUGUAGCCCCUGACAAUUGUGAUGUUUGCUGGUUUCUUGUAGUAAUGUAUUUUUUCUGUUUUUAACUGCAGUACUUCUACAGGCACAAUGGUACUGUCUAUUUUGUAUGAUGUUAGUUGUGAAAUACAGUUAGUUGCAUAAAAUGAAAGUCUGAUGUGAUAUCUAAAACUUGCACAACUCAUUUCUUGGUCUUGCUGUCUAAAAAUCUAAUGCUAACAACAGUUUUACUUCAAAUGGAUUACUGCUGACAUUGACCAGGCUAAAAUAUUAUGCUAUGAAAUAGGCAUUUACUGCU